CUUACCUAGUGUGCAUACCCUGUAACAGCCCUAUAUUCGUGGGUGACCGAGGAGACGCUCCCGCUGGACCCUCCACUCCUUCACUCCACCAGCUCUCCUCUUUUUAUUCCCGUGUUCUCUCUGGACCCCAAACUUACACCUGGAUUUAAAGGAGACCGGUGUGUGUCCUCUGUUUCCAUGGUGAUGAGUGUAAUGGACUGUUGGUGGAUCUAGGUCUUGUAACCAAGGGUGACGGAUUAUCAGCUGACAGAAAGUCAGGGCAACAACACUGACGUGGCCACAGUUGCUCUCUUAGUCCCUCCACCUGUCGCCAGGUUAACCCCGCCCACCAUCGCUCUACAGGACAUGGAGGAGCCGGGUGAAGUCAGGGAGGGGGACAGAGCUGCUCAGAGAACAGGAGUUCUGUUCAACAUCAACAACAAGGAGGAGGAGGAGCAGAAGAAAAAGAAGCAAGAAAGAAAAGAGAAGAAGAAGAAGGAGAAGCAGAAGAGGAAGGAGAGGAAGGAGAGGAAAAGGAAGAAGAAGGAGGAGGAAGAGGAGGAGGCCAAAGGGAAGGUUCCCCAGGAGGUCACCGUGAUCGACCCGGCAGGUGACACCUACUACCACUGGCUGCUCGUCAUUACCAUCCCCGUCAUGUACAACUGGACCCUGAUCAUCGCCAGGGCGUGUUUCGAGGAGCUGCAGACUGACUACGUGGUCUACUGGUUCAUCCUGGACUUCAUCUCUGACCUCGUCUACCUCGCUGACAUGGUGUUCAGGACCAGGACCGGGUACCUGGACCAGGGUCUGCUGGUGAAGGACGAGCAGAAGCUGCGUGAGCGCUACAUGACCAGCUUCCAGUUCAAACUAGACCUGGUCUCCAUGAUUCCCACCGACAUGCUGUACGUCGUCUUUGGCCUCAACUACCCCGAAAUCCGCCUCAACAAGCUCCUGAGGUUCAACAGGAUGCUGGAGUUCUUCCAGAGGACAGAGACCAGGACAAACUACCCCAACGCUCUCCGCAUCUCCAACCUUGUCAUGUACAUCGUCGUCAUCAUCCACUGGAACGCCUGCCUCUACUACUCCUUCUCCAAGGCCAUCGGUUUGGGCGCUGACAGGUUUGUGUAUCCCGACCCGUCAGAUCCAGAGUUUGGUCGACUGGUGAGGAAGUACGCCUACAGUAUGUACUGGUCCACGCUGACGCUCACCACCAUCGGAGAGACGCCGCCUCCUGUAGAGAACUCUGAGUACUUCUUCGUUGUCAUGGACUUCCUGGUGGGUGUGCUGAUUUUUGCCACCAUCGUUGGUAAUGUCGGCUCCAUGAUCACUAACAUGAACGCUGCCCGAGCCGACUUCCAGGCUCGCAUUGAUGCCAUAAAACAGUACAUGACCUUCAGGAAGGUGACAAAAGACCUGGAGAAGCGAGUGAUCAAGUGGUUUGACUUCCUGUGGACCAAUAAGAAAGCAGUGGAUGAGAGGGAGGUGCUGAAGUACCUGCCGGACAAACUGAGAGCCGAGAUUGCCAUCAACGUCCACCUGGACACCCUGAAGAAGGUUCGUAUCUUUGCAGACUGCGAGGCCGGGCUGUUGGUGGAGUUGGUGCUGAAGCUGCAGCCUCAGGUCUACAGUCCGGGGGACUACAUCUGUAAGAAGGGUGACAUUGGCAGAGAGAUGUACAUCAUCAAGGAAGGAAAAUUGGCCGUGGUCGCAGACGACGGCGUCACGCACUUUGUCGUUCUCAGUGAUGGAAGCUACUUUGGAGAGAUCAGCAUCCUGGCGAUUAAAGGCAGUAAAGCAGGGAACAGGAGGACGGCAAACAUCAGGAGCAUCGGUUACUCCGACCUCUUCUGUCUUUCCAAAGACGACCUGAUGGAGACGCUGACGGAGUAUCCUGAUGCUAAAGCGCUGCUGGAGGAGAAAGGACGUCAGAUCCUGAUGAAGGACGGACUGCUGGACCUGGAGGAGGCAGCGCAGGGCCCCGACCCCAAAGAGAUGGAGGAGAAGGUGGAGAGGAUGACGAGCACACUGGAUGCCCUACAGACACAAUACGCCCGGCUGCUGGCCGAGCACGAAGCCGCUCACAGCAAACUCAAGCACAGAGUCGCUCGGCUGGAGAAGAAGCAGGCACUGCCACCACGAGCCGAGGGGCCAGGUGAUGCUCCACCCCCUCUGACACCUGAGACAACCAAAGAAGAAGAGAAGAAGUAGGGAGAAGGGAGGAGGAUUAGGAGGGGGAGGACUGGAUGAUUUUAGAGCCUGGGUUAGCCAGGUGGGUGGAGAGCAGGAGGUUUGAAAGGUGCACGUAGGUAAAGUUCUGAAACUGAAUCUAGUUUGUUCAAAGUAAAGGUUAAGAAAAGAUAUUUACAAAUUCUGUUCCCUCAGAUUUACAUUACAAUGUAGUGAAGGAAAACAGCAACAGUCUGACUCGUUUAAAUGUCACAUCACGUCGUCAUGGAUGUAGCAGAGGAGGUGGAUACAAUAUCUGACUCCAAGAUGGCGCCCACUCACCUCAGUGACCGUCGCUCAUGAGCAUAAGUCCACAGAAUUUACCCUGAGACGAUGUCACAAUAAUAAAUUUACAUCAUAUUGACACAAAAAUAAAACUCACUAAUAGGCUCUAAUAUAAAACCUCAAUGGAUUUAAAGCACAUACAAAGUGUAAAAGCCGACCCUGUGUACAGGUGGAGGUGUCCUCUGUUUAAUAAAGGAGGUCUAUGGGUAAAAUGGUUUUGGACCACAUGGAGGUGAGUCACCUCAUCCAGGUCUCUGUUUAAUAAAGGAGGUCUAUGGGUAAAAUGGUUUUGGACCACAUGGAGGUGUGUCACCUCAUCCAGGUCUCUGACUGCGUCCGUGUUCACGUUACGAUUCCUUUUCUGUCAGUUCAAUCUGUGAAAAACUGAAUGUUUGUAUCAGAUUAUUUGUGUAAUUCAUCGCUGUGUUCUUAAAGUCCUGAAACAGUUCUGACGUACUUGUCUUGAAUGAACUGAACUAUCGCAAUUUCUGAAAUAUUAUUGUGACAAUUCUUCAUUUUCACUGACAUUUUACAAGUUUUUUCCAGACAGACAAUGUUGAACAAGCUUUAAUUUCUAGAUCACCUGCUUUAAUAACCAGUGGAGGUCAGAGGUCAGCCAAGGUGACUGCAUCCUGCUGUAAACCUGGAUCAGUUGUUUUUCUGACAACAAACUUCAUGUACAGUUUGUUUUACUAUAAAAAGACUGACAUAUUAAUGGUAAAGCUGCUGACUAAGAUCAACAUAAAGCUGAUAAAGGCAUUUCAUAAAGAAACACAGAAGUGACUUUCUUACUUUAGAUCAGCUGCACU